AUGAGCAGGUCUAUUGUGUGUAUAGGAGAUUUUAUAGAGAAAUACCACGUCCCGGAUGAGGUUUGUGCCCGCUUCCUGCCUCAUCACUCCGACGUCUGUGUUGUGAGUAAACCUGAGUUCGAACAAUUUCAAAACCCGCUCAAGCGACAAGCAUCAGAAACCAUCGAGUCCUUGCAGCUCAAGAAACCAGGGCCGAACAGUUCUGCAAGUGUUCUAGAGGAAUUUAACAACACUCUAGGGGAAACCCAGCAGUCGCUGACAAUAUCCCACAUAGAAUCCUAUCUUGAGACUUCCUUCGAAAUUCUAGAUUCUGCGCCUAACGUAAGUGUGCAAGAGUCGUCGAUUUUUAUGUGCAUGAGCAGUGAGUUUUGUGAUGCCGAAAAGGUAGACAUUCUACAAAGCAGUGAGGGCCCGUUUCUCACAACGGACAGAAGCAGCCCACCUUUAUAA